AUGGCUGAAGCUACUACAACACCUGUUGAAACACCAAUUGUUUGUAAUAUUCGUGAUGCUGCUGGACUCGAAGGUAAACUUGUAACUUUUAAAGGAUGGGCAUAUCAUAUUCGUAAAGCCCGUAAAACUCUUAUUUUCGUUGAAUUAAGAGAUGGUUCUGGGUAUUGUCAAUGUGUUAUUUUUGGUAAAGAGCUUUGUGAUCCAGAAAAAAUUAAAUUAUUAACUCGUGAAUGUUCACUUGAAAUUACAGGUAGACUUAAUGCCUAUGCUGGUAAGAAUCAUCCACCUGAAAUUGCUGAUAUAUUAAAUCUUGAAAUGCAAGUUACUGAAUGGAAAGUUGUUGGAGAAUCACCAAUUGAUCUUGAGAAUAUUAUUAAUAAAGACUCUUCUAUUCCACAAAAAAUGCAAAACAGACAUAUUGUAAUUAGAUCUGAACACACCCAACAAGUUCUCCAAUUAAGAUCUGAAAUUCAAUGGUACUUUAGAAAAUAUUAUCACGAUAAUCAUUUUACUGAAAUUCAACCACCAACAAUUGUUAAGACUCAAUGUGAAGGUGGUUCUACAUUAUUUAAACUUCAAUAUUUCAAUGAACCAGCUUAUUUAACUCAAUCUUCUCAAUUAUAUCUUGAAUCUGUUAUUGCUUCUCUUGGAAAAUCAUUCUGUAUGCUUUCAUCAUACAGAGCUGAACAAUCAAGAACCGUUAGACAUCUUGCUGAAUAUCUUCACCUUGAAGCAGAACUUCCAUUCAUUUCAUUUGAAGACCUUUUGAACCAUCUUGAAGAUCUUGUUUGUACUGUUAUUGAUAAUGUUAUGGCUGUUCAUGGUGAUAAGAUUAGAAAGAUGAAUCCACACUUAAAACUUCCAACUAGACCAUUCAAAAGAAUGACAUACGCUGAUGCUAUUAAAUAUUGUAAUGAUCAUGGAAUUCUUAAUAAAGAUAAACCAUUCGAAUAUGGUGAAGAUAUUUCUGAAAAACCAGAAAGACAAAUGACUGAUGAAAUUGGAUGCCCAAUUUUCAUGAUUCACUUCCCAAGUAAGAUGAAGGCUUUCUAUAUGUCUAAAGUUCCAGGUCAUCCAGAUUUAACUGAGUCUGUUGAUCUUUUAAUGCCAGGUGUAGGUGAAAUUGUUGGUGGUUCAAUGAGAAUUUGGGAUUACAAUGAACUUAUGGGUGCCUAUAAAGCAAAUGGAUUGAAUCCAGAUCCAUAUUAUUGGUAUACUCAACAAAGAAAGUAUGGUUCUUGUCCACAUGGAGGUUAUGGUCUUGGAGUUGAACGUUUAGUUAUGUGGUUACUUGGAGAAGACCAUAUUAGAAAGGUCUGUUUGUACCCAAGAUAUCUUGAGAGAUGUGAACCAUAA